CGUUUAGAAAAUAAUGCUUAAACACAAAAUUCAUUUCGUAGUCAAUUCCAUAAAAUGAAUUAAGUAUACUUGGUACACUUAUGUCAUAUUCGAUGGACUAUGAAAGAUAAGAUAUCAUGAUACAUACGAUGAUCCAAUGUUAUCCUUUCAAAAUAUCAGAGAGUUAGAUGAAUAUGGAUACACUGUGGUACCAGGUGUUAUUUCACCGGAAGAAUGUGAUAAAUAUAUAGAACAAUAUAAUCAAUGGCUCACAAUGUUCAAUGGAAAAUGGCCAAAUUCAAACAAGGGUAUCAUUAGAGGAUAUAAUACAGGUCAUUUAGAGACGACAUGGAAUAUUCGUUUCAAGGUGAAAGCUGUAUUUUCGCAGCUAUGGAAAACGGAGAAACUAAUGACUAGUUUUGAUUCAGUUGCUAUUGGUAGACCGCCUGAGGAUGGGGAGGAGCCAUUUGAUGACGGGAGCUCUCAUUGGCUACAUCUAGACCAAGAGGCGUGUCGUGAGGGUCUACAUGCAUAUCAAGGUGCAGUUUAUCUCGAGAAAGCUUGUGAAGACGACUGGACGCUACAGGUUAUGGACAAAUCUCAUAAAGUAUUUAAAAAAUUCUUUGAAGAAAACGAAAGGGCCGCGAAAAAAUCAAAUGAAAAACAGUUUUUUAGACUGUCUAAAACUCAAGUCAGGUACUUUGAACAAAGUAGAUGUAAAAUUAAAAGGGUUCCUGUUCCUAAAGGUGGGAUGGUUUUAUGGGACUCACGUUUAGUUCACGCCAAUGCUCAGCCUAAGGAGGGUCGGACAAACCCUGGGAGAUGGAGAUAUGUUGUAUUUGUAUCAAUGACUCCAGCCAGCUAGGCAUCUGACGCAGAUCUGGCAAUUAAACGGGAGGCAUAUGAAGGUUCAAAGAUGACAAACCACUGGUCAUCCGAAGGUUCCAUGUUAAUGACAGAGUCAGCAGCAAGCAAAUCACAUCCGAAAAAGCUUGCAAGUGUGGCAAUGACUGAGGAAGGACAACUUCUUGCAGGAGUCAAACCUUAUGAUUUUGAUGACGGACAAGAAAAUGGACCGCCAAAACCUAUAACGAAGUUAGCAGUAAAUUGAACAAUGUACGUUCUUUCAUUUCGAACUUUGUCCCAUUUAAACAACAGGUGAAUAAGGAAAAUAAAGUUAUUUUGAACAACU